AUGAAGCUGGUAACUGUGUUUCUGCUGGUGACUGUCAGCAUUUGCAUUUACUCUGCUACCGCCUUCCUUACCAACAGUUUGCCAGAUGCUGUCAACAAAGCCUUACCUUUACCUGUGGACAGCAUUCUCCCCUUUAUGGAUCCAUUAAAGCUUCUUCUGAACACUCUGGGCAUUUCUAUUGAGCACCUUGUGGAAGGGCUAAGAAAGUGUGUGAAUGAGCUGGGACCAGAGGCCUCUGAGGCAGUGAAGAAACUGCUGGAGGCGCUGUUGCAUUUGGUGUGA